ACUCGCCUCGCCUCCGGUCAGGCCCCGCCGAGGCCGGCUCCUCCCUCCGCCUGCCCUCCCCCCCCCCUCCCCCGACCCCCGCCCCUCCCCGGCUGCCGCACCGGGUAGGUUUCCAGUCACUAUGGCGGCCGCUGCGCUGAAGGUCGGAGGAAAGUUUUCGCGGCCGGCGGUCGCCUGAGAGGCAGAGCUACCGAGCGGGAGGCGCCCGGGCCCGGCCGCCAGGCCUCUCCCGCCGCCGCCGGGCGGAGAAGCGUGAGGGGCCGAGGGGCGCCCCCCCCCCGAUGCGCAGCCACCUGCGGAGGGGCUGAGAGGAGCGGAGCUGCGGCCGCCUCCUCCUCUUCAUCCUUCUCUUCCUCGUCCUCCUCUUCCUCUCCCCGAGCAGGGGGCUCCUGGCUGGGACCCCCCGCUCGCCGCCCGGAGGGAGCCUGCCCCGCGCCCGGCCCCGCUGGCAGCAACCUGUCAGCCUGCUCCUAGGCCGGCCCCGGAGGAGUCUGCCCCCGCCUCGGCUUGUCCCCGAGAGAAGCAGUUUGCAGCCCUCUCCAUGCCUUAUCAAGUUCCUUAUCUGAGUGGCGGCGAGGAACUGUAGAGCAGUGUCGGCUUUAUCUGGGGUAGGGGAGGAAAACAGCAUAGCUCCUAAGUCGAGGACCAUCUAUUCGGCUUUGUUUUAAUAUGCGAAGAUGAUGAAAUGCGGCUUGCCCUGUGAGACGACUAGAUCCCUGUUGUGGAGCGAGGGCUUCGUGGUCACCUUCCAACUCCUCACCUGUGUGCUUUGAGAGAGGACAUUAAUCCUUUUCCCCCUUCCCUAAACCUUUCUUUGCUUCCAUGUUACGUGGGUCAGAAUUUUGGUCAGUGUUGUUUACGGAAGGGGGAAAAAAAAGAAGGCAGUUGAGGUCCCAAACAAAAGUAUUUGUAUGACUCAUCUACUUGGAUUUGAGACAUUCUAUCCUUCUUUCAAGGAGCCUUUGCUUCUCUUUGAAGGAAUCAGAUGCUUGUUCCUAUUCUUCCAGAGGAGGAUGGAUUGAAAGUUGUGCAUUUUAGACUUUUUCUGGGCCACUGCUGAUGUUGUUAAAAGACAUAAUGGGGCUUUUUCACUGGAUUAUUGCCAGAAUUAGUUUACACACUGAAACAAUGAGUUGUUAGGCCUCUCAUACGUGAUAAUGUUUGUCGUGCUUUAAUGUAAAGUUGCUGUGGAGGUUCGGCUUAAAAAUUGUGGAGGACAGUCUGCAUCGGAAGAGGUUCUCUUCAUCUCUGGUUGGUGUGGCAACCCCAAUCUGUCCUCGAUGCCUUCAGCCUUGGCCAUCUUCACUUGCCGCCCGAACUCUCAUCCGUUUCAGGAGCGUCAUGUCUACCUGGACGAGCCUGUCAAGAUUGGCCGCUCAGUGGCUCGCUGCCGGCCAGCUCAGAAUAAUGCAACUUUUGACUGUAAGGUGCUGUCCAGGAACCAUGCUCUUGUCUGGUUUGAUCACAAGACAGGCAAGUUCUAUCUUCAAGACACUAAAAGUAGUAAUGGUACCUUUAUUAAUAGUCAGAGACUGAGUAGAGGAUCUGAGGAGAGCCCACCAUGUGAGAUUAUGUCAGGUGACAUCAUCCAGUUUGGUGUAGAUGUGACGGAGAACACGCGGAAAGUUACCCAUGGAUGUAUAGUCUCCACAAUCAAACUUUUUCUUCCAGAUGGAAUGGAAGCUCGAUUGCGAUCAGAUGUUAUCCAUGCUCCAUUACCAAGUCCUGUUGACAAGGUUGCUGCUAACACUCCCAGUAUGUAUUCUCAGGAAUUGUUUCAGCUUUCACAGUAUCUACAGGAAGCCUUACAUCGGGAACAAAUGUUGGAACAGAAGCUGGCAACCCUUCAGCGACUACUUGCUGUCACGCAAGAGGCUUCAGAUACUAGUUGGCAGGCUUUAAUAGAUGAAGACAGGCUGCUAUCAAGAUUAGAGGUUAUGGGAAAUCAGCUACAAGCAUGUUCAAAGAAUCAAACAGAAGACAGUAUACGAAAAGAGCUUAUAGCAUUACAAGAAGACAAACACAACUAUGAAACAACAGCCAAAGAGUCCCUGAGGCGGGUCCUACAGGAGAAAAUUGAAGUAGUCAGAAAACUGUCUGAAGUGGAGCGGAGUUUAAGUAAUACAGAAGAUGAAUGUACUCAUCUUAAAGAAAUGAAUGAGCGGACUCAGGAAGAAUUAAGAGAAUUAGCUAAUAAGUACAAUGGAGCUGUAAAUGAAAUUAAAGAUCUUUCUGACAAGCUAAAGGUAGCAGAAGGAAAACAAGAAGAAAUCCAACAGAAAGGAUUGGCUGAGAAAAAAGAACUGCAGCAUAAAAUAGAUGAGAUGGAAGAGAGAGAGCAAGAGCUUCAAGCAAAAAUAGAAGCUUUGCAGGCUGAUAAUGACUUCACCAAUGAGCGGCUAACUGCAUUACAAGUACGGUUAGAACACCUUCAAGAGAAAACUCUUAAAGAACACAACAGCUUAGGCAUACAAGUUGAUGACUUCAUACCUAAAAUUAAUGGGAGCACAGAAAAAGAGCACUUUCUUUCAAAGAGUGGAGGGGACUGCACUUUUAUUCAUCAGUUCAUAGAAUGUCAGAACAAGAUCAUAGAUGAAGGACAUCUAACCAAAGUGGAAGAAACAAAGCUUUUGAAAGAGAAUCAAGCAAGAGUGAAAGAAUCUGAUUUGUCAGACACUCUUAGCCCAAGCAAGGAAAAAAGCAGCGACGACACUACAGAUGCCCAAAUGGAUGACCAAGAUCUAAAUGAACCUAUUGCUAAAGUAGCUCUUCUGAAAGAUGAAUUGCAGGGUGCACAAUCAGAGACUGAGGCUAAGCAAGAAAUUCAGCAACUACACAAGGAGCUGAUUGAAGCCCAAGAGCUAGCUAGAACAAGUAAACAAAAAUGCUUUGAACUUCAAGCACUUUUGGAAGAAGAGAGAAGAGCAUAUCGAGUGCAAGUUGAAGAAUCUAACAAGCAAAUAAAUGUUCUGCAAGCUCAAUUGCGGAGGUUACAAGAGGAUAUUGAGAAUCUUCGUGAGGAGAAGGAGAGUGAAAUUUCAAGCACUCGAAAUGAGCUAGUCAGUGCUCAGAAUGAAAUUCUGUCUCUUCAACAAGUAGCCAAAAAGGCAGCAUCAGAACGAGAUACUGAUAUUUCUGCUCUCCAAGAAGAGCUGCAAACUGUGCGAGCAGAACUUGAGCGGUGGCGGAAAGAUGCCUCAGAUUAUGAAAAAGAAAUUGUCAAUCUACAAGCCAAUUUUCAGCUCAGGUGUCAGCAGUGUGAGGAGCAGCACAAGGAAGAGGCUACUCGUUUGAAAGGUGAACUUGAAAAGUUGAAGGCAGAAUGGAGUGCUCUGGAAGCUGAAUGCGUUACACUAAGAAAGGAAAAUACUUCGCUUACAUCUGAACUUCAGCGACAAGAGAAGGAGCUUUCUAGCUCUCAGAAGCAGAGUUUAGCGCUCACCAGCAAUAUAAGUGUUCUUGAAAUGUCUCGAAAGGAACUUGAAAAUCAGAUGGGAUCUUUGAGAGAAAAACAUCAACAGGAUGCAGCUAGUCUAAAAAGCCAACUCAGUGAAGCUGAGAGUCAAGCAAAGGAUGUUCAGAAAGAGUAUGAAAGAACACAGGCAGCUCUCUCAGAACUGAAGGCAAAGUAUGAGAUGGCUGAGCAAGAAAAACAGUCAAUCACAGAAGAGCUUAAACAGUGUAAAGAAAACCUGAAGCUGCUACAAGAAAAAGGAAACAACAACUGCUCCUGGAAAGCAGAAACAAACCCUAGUAAUUGCUCUAUGUCCCUGGAGUCCUUAACAGAGCAUCUGCAGACAUGACAGGACCAAGACCUGCUUCGGGAUCACUGCAGUGUUCAGCAAUGGCAGAGAUCAGUUCAUGCAUUACUCUUUAAGUGCUGUGUGUGUGCUCAGUGCGGUGGCAUUGAAAGAAGAUGACUUUAUUUUCCUGCUGCAAGGAGGUUGAAAUCUUAACAUCCUGAACGUGUGGAAGGAGAGUUUUCUCUGACUGUCCAAACUCUCAUAAAAUGUAAGCUGGGGGGAGAGGGGAGGCCGCAUGCAUGCUUGGUAUUAGAGAAAAAGCUAUUUGUGCUUAGAAUAAUGGCAAUACUUUUCAGUUACAGCUCUCCUGUGUGGAAGUUUAAUCUCCCUAACAUGGACAGAGGGAGAGCAAUGAGAACUAUAUCACUUUUGACUUAGCCAGUUUUCUAGGAACAAAAAAAAAUGUGUCAAGUAUGUGUUUUCGGUUACUUUUGCACAUUUUUAAUCUAUGCUUCUAUUUAUACCAUGGCCAGUUUUUACACUCUCCUACCUGAUAGGAAAGUUAACAUGGUUGCUAAACUCUUAGAGGGAAGAGACUGGUUUCCUAGGUUUGAUCUGAGCACCGUUACAUUUAUUAAGAAUGACAUCAUCUUUUAUUAUAGAACAGGAACCUUAAAUAGUUCUGGAAGAGCAAAUUUUAAGAACGAUGUCCUUUUGAGCUACAUGUGAUUCAUCUUCACGCUGCAUGUUGAAGAGGUGCCGUGUCCUGAGCCAGAUCAGCUUUGUGAAUCAAACUGUAAUUUAUUAGCAAAAACUAUUCACUUUUUUUUUUUUCUUUUUUAACUGUGCGAAAAUUAGUGCUUGCAGCCUGCUGGGAAAUGCUAGGCAAACACAGGCAGCUCUUUUGUCCUCUUCAGGCUUCCUCCAGAAACCUGUUUUUGUACUCCUCCAGAGGCCUUUUGUAAAUGAUGCCUGAACCAUAAAGUAACGGGAACCGCUGCCUUGCUGCUGUGAUUCAGCGUGUUAGUCAUUCGGAGAGGUGCUGGUGCUCAGGGCACUGAUGAACUGUCAGGGAAGUGCUUGGUUUCCUACCGGAGAAAAGUUUGCUGGUGAAGUUUGCUGGUGUCUGUCAGAAAAUUUCACCACGUUCAGGUUCGGCCUCCUUCAUAUAACACGCGCAUCGGUUCUGGCCGUGGCUUAAAAAGCAGAAUGAUGCACCACGGCACGGCUGUAGUUGCUGCCAGGGGUGAACAUCUGCUCUACAGCUUGUCAUUCAGCUUUUGAAGUUGUCCUGUCAGCAGCCAACAGCGCUGUCCGGGCUGGGUUCACGCGUCGGUUUUGUGCCUGAGUGGGAGAGAACUCGCUCCGAUGGGGAGAGCCGCGGCCUGGCGGGCUCCACCUCGGUGCAGGCUGGCCCUUGGCUGCAGUGCACCGAUUACUCUGCUUGCUGGAGAGAGAAAGCCCUGUUUUCUCCUCACCUGGAUUUUCUAUGCCAUGUUUACCAAAAAGAACAGAUUUCUAUUGAAUUGUCACCAGAAAAGCAGGAACACGCUGCCCAUUUCCUAGCACUCUGUGCAUGAACAUGGGCUCAUGUGUCAGCAAGCAACUUCAUGAGUACUUCAUGAGAGGACACAAGACUCUGGUGGCUGUUGCCACUUCUCUCUGGCCUUAAGCCAGGUCUGUCUCAUGAGCCUCAUGAGGGUCAGAUUCCUGAUUUCUCUCAUCUGGUUGUUGCCUUUUUUCCUUGUUGCUGCUUGCAGUGUUGCCAAGCUGUCAGCCAGAGCGGGAGAAACGCUUACAGACCAACCCAUCAGCCCAGCACCUGGCCCUGCAAAGGGCUCCAGCACUGCUGAGAUGGUUUGGAAGGGGCCACAGAUGUGCUUUUUAUGCUGUUUGCUGUGUUUCGCUUACUCUAAUACGCCAUCUCAGGCUAAAAUCUGAAGGAAAAUAUACAUUAGAAGACUGACUGCUUUUGGAGAGCCUGCCCUCAUUUGGAUAUUUUGGGUGCCACCUUCACGUGAAGGUUCUCAGGAAUACCUUAGGAUGCCAUUUACCUAGAAGAUUUCCUGUGCCUGGUGACUUUAGGGACAUGCGCCUCUUCUGUGGUCUUCCUAAGAUCCUGGUUAGCCGUCUGGAAAUCUCAUCCUGUGAUUCCUCCAGAAUCUGGAAGACCUUUUGUAACUACUAAUCCCAGAAACAGAUUUUCCCUUCAUCCUGUCUGUCAACACAGCCUUUAACUUAUUUUUAUGGGCUUCAGCACAUGUUUGAUGCAUCACUGCCUUAGGACAUGGUCUGUGUUUUCCGGAUUCUUUCAGUGGUCAUUAUAUCUACAUAUAGCACUUUCUAGAGAAGGGCUAAUUUAGUGGGUAUUUAAUAGCAUCUUCUCUUUGUCCUUUAAAAUUCAGCACAUCUCUUUGCACAUCUGAAACAGGAAUCAAUGUAAUUUAGAGUAUCAUGUGUGAAAUCCUAGGAAGUUAUGCUUUACAGCGCCGUUCAUUAUGCUUCAACAGAACUGAGUAAUCUUUUAAGACGAUGUGAUGAAGAUCGCAUUAAAAAGUACUUUGAUCCUAUUGAAGCAAGGAGGGUGAAGCAAAAAGAAUAUCCUCAGCUAACUGGUGCCAUACUACACUCUCAGUAUUUUGCCUUUUUUUGUCUUGGCCACGAGUUGUUGUUUACACAUCAAAAUAACAUCAUUGCGAAGUUUGUUUGCAUGUCUGAAUGGCUUUGUAGAGGCAGAUAGGACACAGCGGAUAGGAACUGAUCCUGAGUGCAGUGAAAGCUGUCGGACAGAGUGCCACCCACACUGGGGGAGGCCAGCGGGGUCUCUGCUGCAGUCUUGCCUUCAGCUGUGGCCCCGUGUUCGUGCAAGAACCUAAAGCCCGAGGCAGAGGUUCAGAAGAAGUCACCAGACGAGGUCUGCAGGACAUCUUCCCUGGGGCUGCAGCAGGUCGGUGUAGUGGAGAAGGCAGAAAGCUGUCUUUGAAUGUGCACAGACCACAGAGAUGGGCUCGCCUGAAGCCCACAGUCUUUGUGGGCUUGUUUCCUUACGCCUCUGCACAGGAGCAGACCUUGGACUACAAGAUCCUUCAGCCCAUCCUUGUGUAUCGGCAGAGCAUCAUGUAAAGCCACCUUCUGCUGGCCAGGAGCAAAACAGGGAGAGCUGCCGCCUCCUUUUCUCUAUUCUUAAGGAAGAAUUCAGACAUAGAAAUGUUUCUUGAAAGCAGUAAAAAAGCUUGACCUAAUCACUGCUCUAUAUAUAUGCUUAUGGCCCCUAAAAGGCCCAGCAGGAUACAAAGCCACCGGUUCCAGUUCUCAUUUUUGCCAGAACUUCAAAGCGUUUCCUUUCAUGCAGUAAUCUUAAAACUAGUCCAAGAAAACACUCGUAUGAUUACUUAGAUAUUCCAGCUAUGCCACCAAUAUGGAAACUUGAAUGAUAUUUUCCACAGGCAAAGCUUCCCUCGUUAGUGUAAUGCAACAAUCUUCUGCCUGCUAGUAGGGAAGAUGCGACCUCCUCUCCACGGUCUGAGAAACGGUUGCUGCUGCUAAGGUGGCCAGCCAAAAGGACUGUGAUGCACUGACAAACGGGGCCAAGACACAGUCACUGAAGUCCUAUUCUAUUUAGGGUUUGAAUGUGUUUUCUUUUUUUUUUUUUUAAUUGUAGUCAUAACCUUCUCUGGAAGAGAAGCUUCGUAAUGACUACCCAAUAUUUAUUUAAUAAACACUUUUCUCUUUUAAUAUUUGAGGCUAUGGUUAUCAGUUUUCAGCUACCCAAACUUUAAAUAAAGGUAAAAGCUCACGUAACUGGUGAUUAAAAGCAAAAUGAGUCUGGGUGCGACCCAUUUCUAUCCCCGAGUCUUAAUCUGUUCUUGAAAUUGAUGGAAGCUGUCGUUCACCUGGCUCCACCUGUGUGGCCAGAUGUCAUCCGGCAGUGCAUUUAUUUUGUUUGCGAGGCCAUUGCAUGGGCUUAUUUUGUGCUUACUCACCGGGCUGUGGCUGCUCUGCUCCAGGGGCUAUACCUAUAUUAUGAUAUAAAUGCAUUACAAAAUGAAAGAGAUGUAUUAUGUUAGAUUUUUUACAAAUUAUUAUUAUAAUUUUUUGGUGAGUGCAGCUGUGCAGGCAGGGUCUGAGAUCUUUUUCUGCUGGAAUGACCUCACGGUAGCACUUGACCUGGCAGCCAAGCUGAGGUGGGUUUGUCCCAGGGCUGCUGGGCCCAGGAGAUGCUGCGGCAGAUGCUCCGGGUCCUGGUCAGGAGGAAUUCCUGGAACGCUGAACGGCAGCCGCAAGGGUCAGCAGAGACCCAUCAUACUUGAAGUGGUUUCAAGGACUACAGGAAGUGUGGUCAGAAAUGAAGAGAUCAUUCAAGGAUCGUUUAGAUGUAGAGAAUUCCUCCUGGUUAAGCAAAUAUCAUGCUGAGUUUCUCCUGGAAAAGAAUUCCAUGUGCGAGUUUGUAUCUUUUCCAGAUUUUUUGGGUUGGGAUAGAAGAGAAACUUCUAUUCCUACCAACUUAGACUGUGUCGGGGCUUAAAACUCCUUUCCCAGUUGGAAAGCUUGCAGUUAAGAAAACGAAAUAGAUUUUUAUGAGCAAUAUUUAGUUCAAGCAUUUAACUAAUUUUCCUGCUGCACAGUUUGAGGUCAAAGUUUGAUUCAUUGACGUGUGGCAGCUUGAGAACUGGAAUGGAAGGGAUUAGGAGAGGAAGCAGACUCAGAGUUUAGGAAACAUCUAUAUUUUCUUGUCCAUUAACCCUUUUUUCCUACCCAUCAAAUGUAUGUUUGACCUAUGUUUCUAAAUUAAGUGACACAGAAACGUUCCUACAUGCUUUCCUGUACUCUUUUUUUUUUGCACAUUGUCAUCGGUUCUGCCUUGGGUGUGUUCAGCUUUGCUCUUUCAGGAAGGGAACCCGAUCUUUCCAAUUCUGGAGAAAUGCUCUGGACGUGACAUUGUUGUACAGAUGCUGUGAACUUAUACAUAUAUUCCAUUAGGUUAGAGAAUGGAAAAUGGGUGUUUUAUUAUUCUUAUUACUCAUUAGAAAUAAUUUUUAAAAUAGCGCCCCGUUCACCAUGGGAUGUUCUGCAGUGACGCAGGCGUCGCGGGAAGCCAUAGCCAGUACCUUCCUUCUGUGGCUGCGUGUUCGUGUGACUGCGUAGGUGUGCGUUUCAUUCAGGGUUCCUACAGAGAUCAGUCUGGGGAUCUGUCUGUUACCUUUUCUCCUACCAGCAAGGCCAGCCUCCCUCUGUCUCUCCUUGCUGUCUCCCUGUUUUUUGCGUUCCCCCCCCCAGCAGCUUCUGCUGCCCACCACCUCCAAAACAGCCAUCCCCUUCCCCCUUGUCAGUACUUUCAUUCCUAGAGACGUAGCAGUCAUCAAUCCAACCUUGCUUACAGUACCCCCAUAAUAUCUUGAGUGAUGGUUCUGAGUGCUUUUCCUAGCUGUGUUCAUAAAGCAGCUGCAAAAAGGAAAAUAAAAAUAAAAGCUGUCGGAGGAGACAGGUCCACGUCCUGCCCUGGCUCUGUUACUGUGGGCUGUGAUUGAUUUACUGCUUCCAUAAAUGCAGCAAGCAGCAUUGCCAAACCCAGAGAUUUAUCUGGGGCCACCCAUGUGCUAUGG